GAGGCAGGAUCCGAGUAAGAGGCGGUAUGCGUGCCAAGUUUCACGAUGAGUUGAACCAAACUCAAAGCAAUCCUAAAAGGAUACCUCGCUCAAUAACCCGAGUACAGACCUAGUGUUUACAGUUAGUCAUCGGAGGCUAGAUGGGUGCUCUGUACUCUGCAUGUUCAGAUACUCACCAUUGUUGAUCUUGGCGCUAUGUUGACAUCGCUGCUGCACAGUCAAAUCAUAUAAGCCACUCCUCUGCCCAAAUCCCUGACCAUGGCUGUCUUCAGAGAAAACCCCCGCAUUUACCACCAGUCCGCCCCAACUCGGGCCACCACAAGACAACAAAUCAUCAACCAGCCGCUUCUCUUCCAACAAACCUGGCAAUGUGCACAAGAUGCUGCUCAAAACAUUUGGCUUCUGUAUCGAGACUUUCUCGGUACCAUGUUUACCGCUCAGAUUGGUGCCGGCGCAGGUGGAGUGCAUCUCGAUGAUGCCAGAGAUCUUGUUCGGCUUGGCUAUUGGCUUGUCCUCGGUCCAAUGUGGGAAGUAGUCCAGGAACGCCACUACCGCCUCGGGGGAGGUCCAGGCGGCUUCCCCACCAUGGCAGACCUCAGCUUCAUCGACUAUCUGAUGGGGAUUUGUUCUACUCUAGAGAUUAUCGAGACAAGGAUCUUCAACGUUCCGAAUAUCCAGCAACUCCCACAUAACGUUCAGCACCAAGGCAUUCUCAACGACAUUGCGCAGUGGACGAAUCCAAAUAACCAGACUGCCCAGAACAUCAGUGUGCUGGGAUUUUUGGAGCUGCUUUCGCGAAUCAUCGCCCAUACAUCACCAAAUUUGGCUGCCUUCCGCACCUCGUUGAACAACCUCCAGACUCAUCAGCCCCGCAACCACAUCUACCAUAAGCGUGGCCUCCCCCGGGUCAUGUUCGUCUGUGCCGGUGCCAACAAUGGUAUGCACGUCAUCACCACUUCCAAAGACAACUGGUAUGACUUCACAUCUCUCUGGGCGGCGACAGAUGCCGCUCGUGUCCAGCGUCAAACCUGCCCACCCAUCGUCCUGCCUGGCGGAGCGGGCCAACCGGCAUUCAAUGUCGUCGGGCAGUCCAAUGCUGUCUUCCAUGAGUUUUCCAACGCCGAGGCAGAUGUCGCUCAGAUUUUAUCUGACAAUGCCGCCGAGAUUAUCAGGUCAAAUACCAUCACAGUCUGGCAGAACCAAGCGGUGCGGUUUGCGAACCAUGCGAAUGAGAGGUGUUUACCCAUGACAGUUCCUGAUUUUGCGGUGAAGGCGAGGUGCUUGAGGUGCCAGGCGCUGUUUCGUUAUAAUGUUAAUCAUCCUGAUGCGUUGGGACUGGUCGGGGCCGAAGCUGCGUGGCGGGGAAACCGCCGGUUGGGGGUGGCGGUGUUGUGUAACGGUGAUUGGGAUUGUGCGGAGACGUUGGCACAUUUCUAUUGCGUUGCUGCGAAUGUGGUUGGUGUAGGGGGGCUUCAUUAAUAAAUUAUUUCUUUC